AUGAGAAAUCACACUGCAGUAACAGUGUUCAUCCUUCUGGGACUGACAGACGAUCCUCAGUUGCAGAUUUUGCUCUUUAUUUUUCUAUUUAUCACCUACAUUUAGAGUAUAACUGGAAAUCUGACCAUCAUUAUCCUAACUUUGGUGGAUCCCCACCUUAAAACGCCCAUGUAUUUUUUUCUCCAAAAUUUCUCUUUCUUAGAAAUCUUGUUUACAACCACCUGUAUUCCAAGAUUCCUCUACAAUAUAUCAACUGGGGACAGAGUGAUUACCUAUAAGGCAUGUUUCAUACAACUAUUUUUAACCGAUCUCUUCGGGGUAACUGAAUUUUUUCUCUUGGCAGCCAUGUCAUAUGAUCGUUAUGUGGCCAUCUGCAAACCCUUGCAUUAUAUGACGAUCAUGAGCAACAAACUGUGCAAAACAAUGGUCAUCUGCUGCUGGAUGGCAGCACUUAAGACUAUCCUCCCACCACUCAGCUUAGAUUUUCAUCUGGAAUUCUGUGAUUCAAACAUCAUUGACCAUUUUGUCUGUGAUAUAUCACCUCUCCUGAAGAUCUCAUGUUCAGACACAUGGUUAAUUGAGCAGAUCGUUAUAGCCUGUUCCGUACUGAUCUUCAUUAUCACUCUUCUUUGUGUAGUUCUCUCCUACAUUUAUGUCAUAAGGACAAUUCUAAAAUUCCCUUCUCUUCAACAAAGAAAAAAAGCUUUUUCUACAUGUUCUUCUCACAUGAUUGUACUUUCCAUCUCUUAUGGCAGUUGCAUUUUCAUCUAUAUCAAGCCAUCUGCAAAAGAAGAGGUAAAUAUUAACAAAGGUGUAUCACUGCUUAUUUCUUCCAUAUCACCAGUGUUGAAUCCUUUCAUAUAUACUCUGAGGAAUAAGCAAGUUAAACAAGCCUUUGAUGACUCACUCAAAAAAAUUGCAUUUCUCUUAAGAAAGUAA